AUGCUGCAACUACAGAGACCCCAGUCAAUGCCUCACGCCCUCUCUCUGGACCGCUCGCAGCCCGCCUCCGCCUACCCGCACAAGCACCACCACCACGACCAGCUCCCGCUGAGGUUCGAGAAUCGGCAGGCACGGCCAAGCACACUUGGCACCCCUUCUGUCGACAUGGCGAGUGUCCAUAGAGGCCACAAUGCCUUGCCGCAGCCUGUGGGUAGCUAUGCUGUUCAAAGACCUGGCGAGGCCGCCUUCGUCCCCAAGCCGCAGCAUGUCCACCAAGCUCCGGAAGCGAACACCAACACCAUGACGACUACUCACAGGCCCGCCUACCAGAACGGCUCCCAGCAGCCUGUCUACCGCCCUCACAGCCCGUCCCGGAGCACCAAUGGCCACAGCUCCGAGGACUACCGCAACGCGAGAAGAGCUUCGAACCAAGCUAUUGCCGCCUCUCUGCAAAUUCCCACGUCAAUCCACACCCCGCAGACCAGCAUGCCGCAACUUGCUGCCGAAAUCACAUGUCUUUUCUGGUUCGAGAACUCAUCCACCCUGCAUCAGGCUCUCGACUCGCUUUCGCCGCCGCCGACUGGCCUUGUUCCCGACGCCCAGCCCACGACCGGUUUCAGGAAAUGGGUCACGACCAUUCUUUCAACUACCCAAGUUACGCAGAACGUGGUCAUCCUCGCUCUCCUGUUCAUCUACCGGCUCAAGACCAUCAAUCCUGGAGUGAAGGGAAAGCCCGGCAGUGAGUACCGGCUGCUCACGGUGGCAUUGAUGCUGGGAAACAAGUUUUUGGACGACAAUACGUACACGAACAAAACUUGGGCGGAUGUGUCCGGGAUUUCGGUUCAAGAAGUGCACAUCAUGGAGGUUGAGUUUCUGAGCAACAUGAAGUAUAACUUGUUUACUUCAGCGGAGGAGUGGGGUGAGUGGCAUGCCACACUUGGCAAGUUCGGAACGUUCUUUGAAAGAGCUUCUCGGGCACCCUUGGAAACUUCCUCUAGGGCACUUGGCCCUCCGACUCCGACGCUUCGCGUGCCUCCGAAUCUCCCGUCGCCGCCGCAUUCGACGCAAGCAUCGCCUCCUUACCUCAAUGGCUUCUCCCCGAACAACGCCAAUUCGUACUCGAACACGCCGACACUACUGCCUCAAAUUAGCUCCGCCGCCGUCUCGCCGAUCGGACCAUUGCCCGAGCUGAACUUGCGGCCCGGCUCGAGAAAGCGCAGUUACGACGACCAGGCGCAGGAGCCGGCCCCGAAGCGGCCGCUGAGGAACUUCGCUCCGACCGAAACCCAGCCAGCGUACACGAGCGUUCCUCAACAAUCGGCACUAACCCAACCAGCUUCGCAACCCACGAGUGUCCCUCCGAUGCUGCCACCUCUCCCCAAUCUCUCGGUGCCUCAGCUGCCGCCUCCGAACACCAGGUCGAAUUCUCUGGUGUACCCUCCCCCGAUGCAGUGGUCUCAACCAUCGUCGAUGCCCCCGGCUCCCGCGGCUACGCUCCCACCAGCGAUCUCAAUUCCGCAGUCCCAGCCUGCUCCUUCGCGUCAGCUGAGCCCACUACCUACCGAUUCUUCCGCCAGUUCGCCCCUGCACCCUUCGUUCGGGCCGGGUGCUCCCAAGCAGAACAGGCUCUCUCCUUCAUUUUACCUCUCGCAACGCAGCUCGCCUUACAGGCCUGUUAGAACUGUGAAUACGCUUUUGGUUCCUCCUCCUUCAUCAUCGAUCAGCCAGCCCCCGCGCCUUGGUUUCGAUCAGAUGCAGUACCAGCCACUCGGAAGGCCGUCGAACGAGCGUCGCGCUGGUCCCCUCCCCUACAUGAACCACGACGCCUGGCCCACGACGAACCAAUUCAACCAGUGGCCUGUUCUUCCUCAACCGAAUUUCUCACGAUAG